AUGUUUAUGCCCCUGGAGGAGCGGCCAGGCGGGAGGCUGCUGGUGGAGAGAGGUCAUGGGGCGAUGCCGUUGAAGAACGACAGCGACUCUGAGGAAGGGGAGCUGAAAUCUACAACAGAGUGGUUGUCCAUUAAAUCAGCCUCCUCUUUCUGCAUUUCAUUUCGGCAUCAGACACUUUCGUUGAACAAGUUGGGUUGCAUGAUACUUGUCAUGGUCAAUGUGCUUAUCUUCGUGCUUGGGUUCUGUGGCAACACCACAGUUAUCUGGAUCGCUGGUUUCAAAAUGAAGAAGACUGUAAGCACCAUCUGCUACCUCAGCCUUGCCAUCUCCGACCUCGUCUUCUGUUCCUUUUUACCCUUCAACAUCGUCACCAUGAUAUACAAGACGUGGUUUUUUGGACUUUUCCUGUGCAAGUUCAGCUCUUUUGCGAUGUUCGUGAACAUGUACAGCAGCAUCUUCCUCCUGGUCCUCAUCAGUGUCGACCGCUGUGUGGUGGUUGCAUUCCCAGUGUGGAGUCUGAACCAUCGCACACCCAAACGGGCGAAUAUAGCAGUGUUCCUAGUCUGGGUCAUGUCUGCUAUCCUCAGCAUACCCUUUCUUAUUGCUCGAGAUGUAGUCCUUUCACCAACAGAACAGGUCUUAAAAUGUGUUGUAAUGUACAGCUACACGCCCAUUGUUGUGAGUCUUUUUGUCGUUGGAUUUGUGUUACCAAUAGUUAUAAUCAGCCUGUGUUAUUCAGUUAUUUUCAUCAAACUACAGACCAAUCGCGCAGCCACGUCCUCAAAGCCCUUCAAAGUUAUGACGGCCCUCAUCGCCACAUUCUUUCUAAGCUGGCUGCCCUACCGUGUUUUUACUCUGAUUGAACUCAAGUUUAAAUUACAUAUUGUUCAGCAAGGGUUGGCGAUUUCUGGGGUGCUAGCCUGUGUCAACAGUUGCCUGAACCCAUUUAUCUACGCUUUCAUGGGAAGAGACUUCAAGGACAAGUUCUGGAAAAUUUUCUCUAGGAUUGAAAAUGCUUUCGAUGACGAGGGGACAACCGGAACCUCUAAAAGAACCUCUACGCAGGCGAGCCGUGAUGAUUCUUCUCCGGUUGAACAAAGACAAGCGGGCCGCUUCGGAGGCCACCGGCUGCAGCACAACUGGUCGCGGGCGACAGGACCAGUUGACCAGGAUGUCAAUCCCGGUAGACCGAACGACUGCUGCGCCCUGUGA